AUAUAUACCUUGUAAGAUAUGCUUUAAAAACAAAUUCUUAACAACAACAACUACCCCCAACAACAACUUUCAUUCACUGCUUUAAAUUCCCACAGAUUUUUGUUUCAGAGAAACAUAGAAAAUAUCAAACAAAACAAUGUCGACUUCACCAGAAGAACAAUUCCCACAGAAGGCAUUCGGAUGGGCAGCUAAUGAUACUUCCGGUCAACUUUCUCCUUUUAAAUUCUCCAGAAGGGCAACUGGAGAAGAAGAUGUGACUUUUAAGGUGUUGUACUGUGGCAUAUGUCACUCUGACCUCCACAGCAUUAAGAAUGAAUGGGGCAAUGCAGUCUACCCUAUGGUCCCAGGACAUGAAAUUGUUGGUAUAGUGACAGAGGUAGGUAACAAGGUAACAAAGUACAAGGUUGGUGACAAAGUUGGUGUUGGGUGCAUGGUUGGGGCAUGCCAUUCAUGUGAUAACUGCAAAAGUGACCUUGAGAAUUACUGUCCUAGAGUGAUUUUUACUUAUGGUUUUAAAGAUGUUGAUGGAUCUGUAACUAAAGGAGGUUAUUCGGAUGUCAUGGUCGCCAAUGAGAGAUAUGUGGUCCGGAUCCCUGAAAACCUCCCGCUUGAUGCUGCUGCGCCACUACUUUGUGCUGGUAUUACUGUAUACAGUCCAAUGAAAUACUAUGGACUUUGUGAACCUGGUAUGCACAUUGGUGUAGUUGGCCUCGGUGGUCUUGGUCAUGUAGCUGUCAAGUUCGGAAAGGCCUUUGGCAUGAAAGUUACUGUUAUCAGCACCUCACCAGCCAAAGAGAAGGAAGCAAUCGAGCAUCUCGGAGCAGAUUCUUUUCUGGUCAGUCGUAACCCUGAACAGAUGAAGGCUGCCAUGGGAUCAAUGGAUGGUAUCAUCGACACAGUAUCUGCUAAUCAUCCACUCCUACCAUUGCUCGGACUGCUGAAAACUCAAGGGAAGUUAUGUAUGGUGGGUUUACCAGAGAAGCCACUGGAGCUUCCAGCUUUUCCAUUGCUUGGAGGGAGGAAAAUGGUAGCAGGGAGUAUGAUUGGAGGAAUGAAAGAGACUCAAGAGAUGAUUGAUUUUGCUGGGAAACACAAUAUCACAGCGGAUAUCGAAGUUGUUCCAAUGGACUAUGUCAACACUGCAAUGGAACGUCUUGCUAAGGCUGAUGUUAGAUACCGUUUCGUCCUUGACAUUGCCAACACCUUACCCAAAACUGCCUAGUGCACUCGGUCAUCUUGCCGAAUCACAAGUUUAACAUCUGCUUCAAUCUUCAUAUUUCAUAUUUUAAUGUAAUUCUUGAUGUUUUCAUUAGCAUCGUUAUAGAUGAGAGUACUGUUUGAGGAUUGAUGGCUUUCUUAUUCAAACAUAUUAUACAUUUGAUCUUCAAGUUAUAUCUCCUUACUCAUA